AUGUUUAUCAUAGCAUUUACAAACAUGUUACUUGUGCUAUUAAGCAAUAAUGUUGAAGGUAAUAGGAUCAAAUAUUAUUAUAGCCAUGAUGAUGGACUCUUCAACAGAUUCAACUUCUGAUGCAGUUGUAAUUUUGGCUGCUUCAACUAUUUUAGGAUAAGAAAAUUCUGGACUUUAAGGUUCUGCCAUGGGUGGAACAACAAUAUAUAUGAAAGUAAGAAAAUAUAUAUUCUUCUAGGUAUAAGGGUUAGAUUAAACUGCUAGUAAUAAUGCAGUGUACAUUGGUAAAUAUCCUUGUGUAAUCUCUGACAAGGGUGUCAAUGGAUUGUUCAUGAACUGCAAAACAACAAAACCAGAUUCAGAUGACAAUAACUUAUCUGGCUUAUAAAUUGUUGUUAAGGUAUCAGGUAAACCAGACUCAGUAUGUACUUCCAUUUCCUCAAAAUGUCUUUAUAGUUACUCUCAAUAUUAUACUCCAAAAUUAUUUUAUGUUAGUCCUAGAUCAAAUUAUCCCAGAACUCUAAGCUAUUGGAGAGCUAAAUGGGCUGUGUCUAGCACUUUGGUUUAAUAUCUAGAAGGUUAAUUUAUGGGGGCUAAUAGAUGUGAUAGAUUCACAGUUUAAGAUUUGUAUCCAGAUGAAAUUAGUUUCUGGGAUGAUUAAGUUGUAUGUUAAGUUUCAGCUGAAAUCAAAGCAGGAUAUUAUGAUUAUACUAUUAAAUCAUAAAGUGGAUAUCAAACUAAUGAUGUAGGAGUUAAAUAAAAAAAAAUUUAUUCUGAUUAAACAUAUGACUCAAAGUAUUGAAUAUUUUUAAUUUUUAGAGUUCUUCCAGUUAUUACAGGAAUAAAUACAAAUUUUGCAUCUCCAGAAGGUUAAAUCUUAUAAAUAUCAGGAUAUGGAUUUAGUCCAAUAGCAACUGAGAACACAGUUAAAAUUUCAGGUUAAUCUGAAUCAAUUUAAGUUUUAUCCUCAACUCCUACUACUAUACAUGCUAAGAUACCAAAACUAACAAAUUUACCAACUGUUGCUGAUGCUACUGAAAGUUCUGUUUAUAUUUAAGGAAGUGGAUUACAUUAUACUAGAUGGGAUAUUUCAGGAUUGAAUUUAAAUUGUGCUUCAUUUAGAACUUAAAUCAUUACUAAUUAAGCUUAAUUAGAUAGUAGAAUUCAAUUUGAUGGUAUUUAUCCAGAACCUGAUGUAUAAAAUUCAUUUGGAGAAUAUUAUGGAUAAUAUUUUAGAGGUUUCUUAAAAGCACCAUUUACUGGAAAUUAUAGAUUUUAUGUUGCUUCAGAUGAUUGUGCUUAAUUCUUUAUUUAAACUUCUCAAGUUAAAUAGCCAAUUAGACCUGAUACAGAAGUUGCUGCAAGUGGUUGGAAUCCAUAUAGAAACUAUUGGUAUGAAUAUUUGAGUUCUUCAAACACAAUUAAAACUAUAUCUGAACCUGUAGCUUUAUAAGAAGGUGAAUUUUAUUACAUAGAAGCUUAUCAUCUUAAUGGUGGAUCAGGUGGAUAUCUUACUCUCUCUAUGGAAAUUGAAAGUUCAACUAGAAAAUCAAAUUCAUUAAACAGUAUUUAUGAAAUUUCAACAUCCUAUACACCAACAAAAGAAGUUAUCGAAUUCACUUUAUAUAAUUCAAAUGGAAAUACUUUAUUAGCAGGUAAGUAUUAACUUUAAUUCACUUUUGGUACUAAAACAACUCCAUAAACAGGUGUCUAUUAUUCUUAUAUUACAGGAGAUUUAGCACCAAAUGCUAAUGCAAAUGCAAUUAAAAAUGCAAUUUAAAAUUGUGGUGGAAAAUAUCUAGUAACAGUAGUAGCCACAAAGUUAGAUAAUACUGGAGCUCCUUUAGAUGAUGCAGCAACAGUAUUUGCUGGAUAUAAAUAUACUAUUACAUUUGAUUCUCACAGAGGUACCAUUUAAUAUAGAGCACUUCCAAAAAUUAUCUCAUCUACUCUUAAUGGAGGAACAGUCUCAUAAAAGAUUGAAAGAACUUAAGAACCUCUUGAUCCAAUUAGUGGAACCUUUUAAUUAACAAUGACAAUCAAUGGAAUUGAUAAUUUAUUCUAAGUAUCAGAGAACAAUUAUGAUUUACCUUUUGAUGCAUCAUCAUCAUUAAUUGCUGAUAAUGUUGAAAGAAUCACUGGUUAAAGACCUUUUGUAUGGACUUUUGGAAGAGCUUAAGAUGGAUGGAAAUGGUACAUUAUUCUAAGAUCACAUGUGGAAGGACUUACUAAUUUAUAAAUAUCAAGUAGUCUCUUAGUUUCAGGUACUGGUGAUGUAACUACUGCAGUUUCUAAACCAAUUCCAGAUAGUAAUAAUUUACUAUUUGAACCUAUUCCAAAUGAAUUAUUAUUUACUUAUAGUCAACAUCCUUAAGUUUAAGUGGAAGUUCAGUAUGAAUUAAAAGUAAAUAAUGUUGUUGUUGAAACUGAAUAAAUUUUAGCAGGUUGUGAAUAAGUAGAUGUAUGUGAUUUCACUUUAAGUGAUGAAAAAACCCCUACUUUAACAGCUUAUACAGUUACUGGAUCUCAAUUGUCGUUAACUUUAUCAGAAGGAGUUGGAUUACCAAUUACUAAACCUGACUUAGAAAUAUUAUAUGCAGGAGCUGAUUGUACAAAUAUUCAAUUUACUACCAAUACAUCUCCUUAUACUAUUACUUGUAGCUUAGAAUAAUUGAAUGGAUAGAAUAUUAAAGAAGCUGGAGAUAAUUAAGUACCUGCUUUACAUCAUAGAGCUAUUGGUUUUUCUAAAAUUGAUGCUGGAGUUACUGGAGAAAAUGUUAAUAUGGUUAUUACUUCAGUUUUACCUGCCUAAGGAUCACCAGAUGGAGGUACAACCAUUACUAUUACUGGUACUGGAUUCCCUAAAAAUUUAAAUAGAGAUUUUACAUUCUAAAUUGAUGGUUAAGAUGUCCAACCAUUAUCAAUAACAAAUACUUAAAUUGUAUUUGUUAGUCCUAAAAAGGCAAGUGGAGGAACUGGAGCUAUUUCCAUAUCUUUCAAUUAAAAAACAAUAACUAGCAAUUCAUUUACAUAUAAUGAUGCUUUAAGAAUGUAAGUUUAAUCUUUGGAAUUCAAUGCAAAAACACCAAUAUUCAAAGGAGAAAUGACAAUAACAGGAACUAAUUUUGGUACUGUUGUUGAAGAUAUCAAAGUUACUUUAGUAGGAACUAAAUCAUAUAAUGCAAAGGUUAUUUCUGUUACAGAUACUUCAAUUAAAGUUUAUUUAAGAGGAGGAAUGCCUGGUGAUUAUUUAGUUACUGUUACUAGAAAAGAUUAUGGUAAUUCAUAUGCUAAUACUGGUGAUAACUUAUUUAAAUAUAUCAUUCCUAUCACAAGUGUUACUUUAGAAGAUGGUACUAGUUAAGCAAAAGGUUCUGAAGCUGGUGGAACUGUUAUUAAGAUUACAGGAUCUAAUUUUGUCAAAGGAGAAACUCUUGUAUUUGUAGGUAUAGCUAUUAAUUGGUUCUGUGAAAUUGAUGAAAGUAGAUUCACAAGUGAAGUUAUUUAUUGCACAGUGCCAGCAAAACAUGAAUUUUAUAGUGAGGCAGCUUAAUUAGUUGUUGUAACAUUAUAGGUGACACUUGAAUCAACUUGUCUUGAUACUACCAAUAAUUGCAAAUUUACUUAUGAUAGUACUUUGACUCCAGUUCUUGAUAAUUAUCCAGCAUCUGCUACUUAAUUUACUGGAUCAAGAAUUUUGACAGAGAAUGAUCAUUAAAAACCAGACUAUUAAAAAUUAGUCCAAAGAAAGAGAUUUUUAUGGACAGAAGAAUCAAAGAAAUAAGGAAAUGAUCAUCUCUUAAAUCUUGGUAAAUCACCAAGAAGAGAUAUGCUAACAUCUGCUGAUUUAGUGUUAAGUUAAUAAAAGAGUUAUGCUCCAGGAGAUUCAGAAACAUUAUCAGGAACAGGAUUAACAAGUGUUGUGUCAGUAGUUUUCAAAGGUCCAGUAACAUAAACUGUUACAACUACUAUUUCUGGUUCUUCCUUCACUUAUACUAUUCCAAAUUUACCAUAAGGAUAAUAUUCAACUUAUGUUUUAACUUAAAAUGGUUAUGCAGAUAAGAUUUGGGUUACUGUAAUUGGAUUAAGUAUUACAUAAAUUGAUGCUGCUCCCAUAGGUGGAUCCCUUUUGACAAUUAAUGGAGUUGGAUUUAAUGCUAAUAGAUCUCCAAGUGUUAAAGUUGGAGCAACAGUUUGUACUGAAUUAGAAGUAGUUUCUAGUGUGUUAAUUAAAUGUAGAAUGGCCAGAUAAUCAGGAACAUCUGCAGUUGUAACUUUAUCAUAAUUGCCUUCUGAAAAUAAUUCAGCAACUCCUUACACAGCAACUUACACUUUAACAAUAACUCCUUCUUCUAGUUCUCCCACAUUUACAGCAAUUAGUGGUGCUACAUAUGAUACUACUUAAAAGGCUUAUUUGGCUACAGCAGGAAAUGUUGUACUUGUAUUCACAGGUGUUAGACUUACUGGUACUACUAUUGUUGUUACAUUGGAACAUAUGGGUCAUAAAAUAACUGGAACAGUUUCAGCAUUAUCUGAUACGUCAGUAACAGCUUCAUUCUCAAAUUUACCAGUAGGAGUCUAUUCAAUUAAUCUAUUAGUAGACACUAAAUAUGCAUUCAUAAGUGAUGUUACAAAAUAAAAAUUAAUUGUUAGUUCAUCUUUACCAACCUCAAGUAAUCCAACUGCAUCUUAUGCUGGUGGUGCAACUGUUACAUUCACUGGAACUGGUUUUGAUUCUGUUAAGGAUUAAAAUUCAGUAAAACUUUGUGGAUUUGAUUGUCCAAUCACAAGUGCAACAUAUACAACGCUUUCAUGCGAAGCUCCAAAAUUAUUGACAAAUUCUGUUUUAAAUCAAUACUCUGCAUUGUAAGAACCUGCAAGAUAUAUUAAACCAUCAGAAGUUACUUUAUUAGCUGAUACAGCAACUUCAGCUUCUAAAUUCUUUGAUUUAUAAUAAUCAACUUAUUAUAUUUCUACUGCAGCUUCAAAUUGUUAUAUUUAAGUUGACUUUGGAACAAGUAGAGUUUUGAAAUUACAUUAAUUGAGAUACAUUCCAAGAAUUGAUAGACAAGCUAUUCUAUUGAAAGAUGCAGUAUUCUAAUACACAAUAGAUGGUACUACAUGGUAGACUUUAUUAACAGUUGAUUAAACUGUUCAUACAGGUUGGAAUAUUUAUGUUCCUUAAAGUGAUAUCACAGGUAUUAAAGCAAUUAGAUUAUUUGAUUCAAGAGGAACUACUGGAUCAUCAUGUUAAUUAGCAGAAAUUGAAUUAAAAGGUUGGAUAUUAUCUAAUAGUAAUAAUGCAUAUUCUGUUCCAACAUCAUGUAAUGCAGAAAUCUCAGUAAAUGGAUAAGCUAUAGGUACAGUAUCAAAUGCUGUUAGUUACUCAUCAAAUAGUGUACCUAUUGUUAAUACUGUCAAUCCAGCUACAGGCAGAUUCACUGAAGAAGCAGUUAUUACAAUUACUGGUACUGGAUUUGUAAAUGGAUAAACUACAGUGACUAUUGAUGGAGUCACAUGUGCUAUCUAAAGUGUUACAGCAACUUAAAUUGUAUGUAAAACUGGAGUUAAAGAUUUAGAAUAAACAUAAUUAAAUGGAGUAUUUUAAGUUAGAGUUAAUGGAAAUUUAGCAGUUAAUAAUCAAAAAUUCAUUUAUGCUACUAAAUGGUCAGAUAUAAAUACUUGGGGUGGAUAUGAAUAUCCAGGAGAUGGAGAUUCAGUUAUUGUUAAUGCUGGAUAAACUUUAAUUGUUGAUGUUAAAACACCUAAAUUGAUGUAAGUUUUAGUUGAAGGAACUCUCACAUUCUCUGAUGAAUUAGAUACAUCUAUGGAUGCUCAUUUUAUUGUUAUUAGAGAAGGUAAAUUCAACAUUGGUACAGAAUAGGUGGCUCAUUAACAUAAAGUAUAGAUUACUUUAUAUGGUGUUGAAGAAGAUGUAUAAAUGCCUGCUAUGGGUAAUAAAGUUUUAGGAUGUCAUUAAUGUUAAUUAACUAUUCAUGGAAAAGAAAGAACACCAACUUGGACUUUAUUAUCAAGCACAGUUUAAGCAGGAGCAACUCAAAUAACAGUUGAUGAUGCUGUAGAUUGGUAGGUAGGAGAAUAAAUUGUCAUAACAUCCAGUGAAGUUGAACAUAUGCAAAGUGAAAAAAGAUACAUUACAGCUGUUAGUGCUGACAAAAAAACUUUGACUCUUGAUUAACCACUUACAUAUAAACAUUAUUCAGCUGUUGAAACUUAUGGAACAGAUCAAUUCCCAAUGAAAGUUGAAGUUGGUUUAUUAACAAGAAAUAUUGUUAUUCAAGGUGAAGAGUCAGAUUUGAAAUAUGGUUAUCAUUUAAUGAUUCAUGGAAGAGCAGAGAAAGGAUCAAUUGGUAAAAUAUCAUAUGCAGAAUUCAGAUAUGGUGGUUAACCAAGAAUUAUUGGUAGAUAUCCUGUUCAUUUCCACUUGAAUGGAGAAGUAGAUGAAUCAUAUGUUGUUGGUAAUGCUAUUCAUGAUUGUUAUGCUCGUUGUUUAACUAUUCAUGGUGUUCAUUAUUUGAAAGUUUAAAAAAAUGUUUGUUAUAAUACUUUUGGACAUGCUAUAUUCUUUGAAGAUGGUAUUGAAACAAACAAUGUCGUAGAAGAUAACCUUGUUGCAAGUACUAAAUAAAGUUGGAUCAUGUUAUAAACAGAUAUUACUGUGGCUACUUUUUGGGUUACAAAUCCAUAAAAUAUAUUAAGAAGAAAUAGAUCAGGAGGUUCAGAGUGGUAUGGAUUUUGGUAUGAAAUUAAAGCAAAUCCAGAUGGUCCAUCAGCUACUUCAGAUAUUUGUCCUCCAGGAUUAAAUAUACUUGAGUUUAAGGAUAAUUGGGCACAUUCAAAUGGUAGAUUUGGUCUUCGUAUUUUCUAAAUGGCACCAAGAAAGUUCCCUUGUUUAGAUCCAGCAAAAUGGACUAAUGAUUAACCAUAUAUAGACAAUCCAAGUCUUUAAGCAGUUUUCGAAAAAUUCUAUACAUGGAAAAAUAAUGAGUGUGGUAUUUUAGGGGAAGAAUUGGGUAACAUUUACUUCAAAGAUAUAAUGAUUGCUGAUUCUAAAUUUGCUGGUUUCUAAGCUCACAAAGGUAAUUUCUCAACUGAAGGAGCUGUUUUAGAUAAUGCAUUAAUUAUUGGUAAAUCAAUUAACAAUGCAAAUCCUGAUGAUACUUAUUAUGAUGGAUCAAGAGCUAUGGUUGUACCAAGAACAAAUGGAUUUUUAGCUAAAAACAUCAGAAUUUAUAAUUAUGGAAGUAAUUCUGCUUUAAUUGAAUCAUGCUCUGUAUGUUGGACUCCAAAAUUAUGGGUAUAAGGAGGUAAAAAUACCUAAUUCUUGAAUGUCAAAGUAUUUAAUUCUGAUUCAGCUAAUCGUAUUUUCUGGUAGAAACAUAGAAGAGAAAUCUUUUGGGAUUAAGAUGGUACUAUAUCAGGAGUAACUGGAGGAGCAUAUAUUAUACCAUAUAAGAAACAUAUUGAUGGAAUUCCAGGAUGUGUUGUUCAUCCAGAAGCUUAUUGGGAUAAUUCUAUUAUUUGUGCAAUGAAUUAAGUUACUAUUAGAGAUGUUUUGAUUAAUAAUCCUACUCCAGAACAAGAUUUCACAGGAACUGAUAUGAAACUUUAUAGAUUGGACAGCACUAAUGUUGGACUCAAAAUGGAUUCUUCAAUUGAUGAGAGUAGAUAUAUAGAAGCUGAAACCAUGAAAAUUAUAAAGAAGAGUCAUGAUGUUAAAUUAUCAUUUGCAAGUGUUUUUGCUACAGGUUUCACUUAUAAUGUACAUUUUAAAUUUGGAGCAAGUGAUCCAUUAAGUAUGGGUAUUUUUGCAUCCCCUUACUUUAAUUAAGCAGAUGAUGCUGUAAUUCUUAGAUUUAAUUAUUCUGCCAACAGAGAAACAUUUGAUAUUAUGAGAAACAUAGGAGGAUAAUUCCCUGUAAAUUACACAAAAUUAGAAUAAAUGCCAGAUACUAAGACUUGUAAUUAAGGCGAUUGGUAUAAUGAUAGAACAAAUAAAUUAUUCUUCCUUUGCUUGUCUGGUAAGAAUAAGAAGUAAUAUGAAUAUGUUGAGGUCAGAGGAGUUAUUUGUAGAGAAGAAUGUGAUAGUUUAGGAGAUGUACCUUUGGAAGAUGGAUAUAGAUAUUGGAGUGAUCCUACUACUUGGAUUGAUAAUAAAGUACCUGUUGAAGGAGAUAGUCCAAUUGUUUAGGGAGCAUAUUAAGUUAUCUUGGAUGUUGAUCCACCUAAACUUGCUAAUUUAACUAUUUUGGGAUCACUUAUUUUUGAUGAGAGAAGAGCAUCUACUAAAUUAGAAGCUGAGAGAAUCUGGGUUAGAACAGGAAAACUAUUGGCUGGUAAUUCAACUCAUCCAUUCCCUGGAAAAAUUAAUAUUAUUUUGAAUGGAGAAUAUGGAGAUAAUCCAUUAGUAAUUGAUGCUAAUUUAGAUGUUGGUAAUAAGGUUCUUGCUGUCACAAGAGCUAUGGAAUUAUAUUCAACUCCACCUGGAACAGUAUGGACUAGAUUGGCUGCUUAUGCUGAUGCUGGUGCAACAACUAUUACAGUAGCAGAAUGUACUGAUUGGGCUGUUGGUGAUGAGAUUGUAUUUGGUCCUUCUGGUAGUGAUCCAGAAUAAAGAGAGAAGAGAACUAUUGCAUCUAUUUCUGGAUGUGUUAUAACAUUAAAUUAAGCACUUGAAUUUGAUCAUUAUGGAGCUCCUUCUGUAACAAUAGAUAAACCUGGAAUUGGAUAAUUAGAUAUGAGAGCUGUUGUUGGACAUUUAACUAGAAAGAUUAAGAUUGAAGGAGGACCUAGUGUUCAUGGUUUAGGAUGCAGAGUUUUAAUUUAUUAAUUUGAAGAACCUGAAGCUAAUUUAGGAUUCCCAAGAAGAGGAUAUACUGUAUUACAUGGUGUUGAAUUUAAUAAUUGUGGUUAAUUUGAUACUCAAAGAAGUGGAUUAGAUUUUAGAAAUCUUAAUAGUGAUAUUAUUAAGACUCCAAGUGAAGUUUUAGGAUGUUCAUUCCAUGAUACUACUGGUAUGUUAAUGACAAUUUAAAAUUCAUAAUACAUUACAAUUAAGAAUAACAUAUUUUUCACUGGUAUCAAAGCUUUGGUGUAGAUUAAUAACAGUUAAUAUGUGAAAUUCUAGAAUAAUGCAUUGAUCUAUGUUAAAAAGAGAGUAUUAACAGAUGGAGGUAUUGCUAAUUGGGCAGUAUUUGGUAAUUUUGUUUACAUGGAUGAAUUAGUACCAACUUAAAUGACAAGAGAUAUAGUUGAUGUAUCUGGAAAUGUUGGAUAAGGAUCAUAAGAUACAGGAUUCUUUGUUAUGGGAAGUAAAUGUUCAGAUGCAUAUUAAUCAUCAUUCUAUAAUAAUCAUUGUUCAGGUACUAUUUUGGCUUGUUUUGGUGUAAGAUAAGAUCCUGAAGGUUAAUGUACAUAUAUAUCAGGAUUAUAUGCUCAUCAUAGUGAAGUUGGUAUUAUGUAUGCAGUUGUUAGUGAAUAGAUAUAACUUGAAAAAUCAAUAGUAGUUGAGAAUGAUAGAGGUAUAGCUUUGAAACCUGCUCCAAAUAGCAUAUAAGACAAUAAAAUGAAGUUAAAUAAUAUCUUCAUUUCAGCUUUGGCUAGACCUGAUUGUGUGAAAUGCUAUUCUGCUUCUCUUAAUCCUAAUUGUAGAGGUUAAAUGGGUAUUUAAAUGGGUAGCUUAUCUUCAUCAGCAUUCCCUCCUAUUUCAGGUAAACCUUCUUCUGCAUUUGAUACAAUUUGUACAGUUUAAAGAGUUGAUCUUAGAGUUUACUUGACAAAUGUUGAAUUCCAUAACUUUAGAUUAACUUAUGAUAAUAUACCAAGAUGUUAGAAUAAUGCUGCUAUGAGAUAACAUCAUGGAGCACAUGAUAUGACAGGAUAACAUUAUUUAGUAAAUUCUCCAUGCACUAAUUGUGAAUUUAAUGCUUUAUUAUAUAAAACUAGAAAUCCAGAUUAAAGUAAAUUAGGAUGGUUUGGAGGUUGUGGUUCAUUUGAGUGCACAGGAUAAAUAAACUUUUUAGUUGAAGAUUAAACUGGUCAUUUCUUUGGACAAAUUGGAUAAGGUAUUGGUAAUAAUACAUACUUUGGUCCAAAUGUCACUUAUUGUUCAAGACAAGAUUCUUGGAAUGGAUAUUGGUGUCCAGGUAGAUAAGCCACUGUAUUGAAUUUUAUGAGUACUGCUGCAGACUUUAAUAAGAGAUUAUAUUCACCAAUUAAGUUGACUGAUGGAUUAUUCUUUAAUGAAAUCAAUAGUUAUGCUGAAUGGAAUUGGGAUGGUCCUGAACCAUUAAACUUAAGAGAAUCAAAAUUCGUAGGUUUAGUAUCAGUCAAUACAGUUAUUAAUAUGUCAAAUGCUGGUAUGAACCCAACUACAUCUGAAUAUUGGUUAUCAAAGAGAUCAGAAGCAGGUAGCCCAGAAGAUUGGGUUAUUUUGUAAUGGCAAUUCUCUGUUCCAUAAAUUAUUCAAGUUAUGGUCAAUAAUAAAGUUGUAUAACCUGGACUUACAACCCAUAAUAAACAUCAUGAUCUCAUGUCAAUGACUAAUCAAUGUGGUGCAAAUAAUUACUUCUUUGAAAAUAGAACUAUACAUUUUGUUUUAACAGGUAAAUUGGAUUGCAAGAUUAGAAUAGCAUUGAAAAACACUCUUUAAGUUUCAACAAGACUAGAAAUAACAACAUCGGAAUUCUUUGGUGAUAAAUUCCUAUAAUAUGCAAGAGCACAAUUAGGAGGAGAUCCUUAUAACUAUUUCAUUAUUGGAACCAAGAAAUACAGAAGAAGAUUUUUGGAAGAAUCUGCAACUGAGUCUAUUCUUAUUGAUUGGGGUAUUACAGAUUCUGCAGAAAUUGGUACUUCUGAAGGCAAACAAUCUUAAUCAAGAUUAGCUGAAAUGGCUAGUAAAUUAGAAUAAUUAGGAAUUUCAGAAGAAUUAUAAUAAUUAGGAGUUGUUGGUCUCAAACAUGAAUCCACGACUAUUUCUUCAAUAUCAGAACUUAAUUUCAAGAGUACAGAAUAAACAUCAGGUAAUAUUAUAUUUUAUAUUUUUUAGAAAUUGUUUUAGUUCCAGGAGGUAAUACAAAUAAUAAUGGACAAGGAAAUACUGGUAAUAAUAGUGGUAAUAAUAAUAAUAAUAAUAAUAAUAAUAAUAAUAAUAAUAAUAACAAUAAUAACAAUAAUGGCAAUCCUUCAAAUAAUGAUGAUGAUUUGGUUCUAGUAACUGAUGAAGGAGUCAAUUAAUAAGAGAGCACAAAUAAUGGAAAUAAUAAUUCUACUAAUCCAGGAACCAUCUAAAAAUCAAUUAAGAAAUCAGAAAAUAGUUCUACAACAGUUACCAUAGUUGUAGCUGUAGUUUGCUCUGUUGUUGGAGUUUCAUUGCUAAUUGCUGCACUACUUUACUAUAAGAAACUUAAAUUGGCUAAGCUUAUGGCAGCUAGAAAUCAAAAAGUAGACAACGAAUUUUUCAAAGCAAAUAUAACAGAUUAAUAACCUAUAGAGGCUCCACAAGAUUGA